UAGCGGCCGAGGCGGCGGCAGCGGCGAGACGUGGGGGCUCUGUCACCUGACCGGACAGUGACUGGCUGAUGAGCUGGCCAGGGAGGCCACCGAGCCAGGCUGAGGUGCAGACCUGGGAAACAGAGGACAAUGACAUGGCGGAGGGUGAUUUAGGGUACGGCCUCGGAAAAAGGCCUAGUGGUGUAUAUGAAGUACAAGUUUCACAUGUAUUUACAUCUAGAAGAAAAUCAGAUGGAAAGAACUGUAGCCCUCCUCCUUUUCCAAAAAAGGGGGAAGAAAGAAGUGGGGCUGUUUUUCAGUAUUCCAGGCACCAGAGCCUGCCCAGUGCACCUCUAGCAGAGCCCAGGGUUGUCUGCUACAGAAGACAGAGUGGGGCAGAUCCUUAUUUAGAACUGUCAAAUGUUGAAUUACGGCAACAUCUUCGGGAAACUUUAGAGGAGGUAGAAAUUUUAAGAACUGAACUUGAGGCAUUUCAACGACAACUUGAAGGUAAAGAAGAAGCACUGAAACUCCUUCAAAGCAUGGCAGUAUUUGACAAGGCCACAAGUCAUACCCAGGCGGUGCUUCAAAAAACUAUGGAACAAAAAAGAUCCCUGGAGAAGGAAGUAAAUACCUUGCAGUGGGAAAUAGAAUUUGAUCACAAUAGAUUUAAAAAUAUAGAGGAAUCUUGGAUCCAAAAAUAUGACAGACAAAGUUGUGAAAAUGCAGUCCUCAAAGAAACUGUGAAACUGAAAACAGAAGAAGUUAAAACGCUAAAGUCUGAAAAUGCAAUUCUUAAUCAACAGUAUUUGGAGGCCCUUGCUAUGCUGGAUAUCAAACAGCAAAAAAUGGCUCAGGAAAACACAUACCACGAUGAAAGUGACCUCAAAGACAUUUCAAGUCUCGAGCUCAUGGUCCUCGGAGCCUGUCUUUGUCGAGGGCAUGGAGGGAGCCCCUGUUCCUGUGCCAAAAUGGCAGCCUCCUCUCGGAAAAUGCUCCUUCAGCUCAGACAAGAGUUGGAGUACUUACAGAAGAGUAAAGAAGAAGCUUACAUAAUGGCAGAUGCAUUCAGAAAUGCAUUUGAGCAACAACUGAUGAGGAAAAAUGAACAGGCACUAAGAUUGACACAAAUGGAGAAUAUGUGCAGAAAAGCAACAAAAUGGAUAAGUUGGAAGAACCUUAAAGAGAAUGGAUUGUCAUCACAAAGGAACAAGAAAACCUUAGGGCAAAAGCUGUUGGGUAUGCUCCCUUCCAGUACCAGUGCUGAAAAUGAAGACCAGGAAAAUCCUCAAGAAGUCUUUAAGAUACUAGUAGACUUGUUAAAUGAUAAAGAAGAAGCUCUGGCUCAUCAAAGGAAAGUUAGUUACAUGCUUGCUCGAGCACUGGAGAACAAAGACAACACCUCAAAAGAGAAUGAAGGAAAAAGUCAAAUGAAAGAAAAAUUUCUGUUAAAAAAUCUCUGGCAGAAGACUUCAGAUUUCUCUGUUUUGCAUAAACCUAUACAUUCGGGUGCUCAAAAUUUUAAUUCUAUGGCCUGCAUUUGUUCAAUCCAACACCUUCAUGCAGAUCAAAACUGUACAAGAACUCUGAGAAGAUCCUGUUCUUUGCCAUCAAGUAUCAUGCUUUGAAGACCUGUUCAAAUAGGAACUGAAAGCUUUUUGUUAAGGGUUUUCUAUAAGAAAUAUUAGUAUUGGGAGUUGGGGGGUACAGCAACAGGUUAAGUGCAGGUGGCGCAAAGCUCAAGGACCAGCGUAAGGAUCCUGGUUCAAGCCGCCGGCUCCCCACCUGCAGGGGAGUCACUUCACAAACAGUGAAGCAGGUCUGUAGGUGUCUAUCUUUCUCUCCCUAUCUUCCCCUCCUUUCUCCAUUUCUCUCUGUCCUAACAAUGACAACAUCAAUAACAACAAUAAUUACAAUAAUAAAACAAGGGCAACAAAAGGGAAUAAAUAUUUAGAAAAAACAAAUACUAGUAUUGUGUUGAUAUACUUUUAUGAAACUUUCAGUA